CAACUAGCAGCCAAAAGUAAACAAAAGCCAACCUCUUCGGCUUCCUUCGUUGAGACACUGUAACAUUUAGCUCGGGUAUUAUCCCGUAUACCUACCUAGCUAGUACAGUAACCCCUCCUUUUUUUUUCUUUCGCAACGCACGCAACUUUUGUACCGAACGUAUCCGUCCUUGAUUCCAGUACACUCACUUAUCUCUAAAGUCAGACCAUAACUAUGGCCUCCUCCUCCCGAUCUCGCACCCUCCAACUCGGACAAGCUCUCCACAGCAACUUGAACAGCCGCUUUAGCCGCCGCCCAUCAUCAUCUUUCUUUUUCUCCUCCACGUUAUCAUUCUUCAACUCUUCUUCAACUACCGUCACGAACCCCGAAUCAUCAUCACCCCGCAUCUCCAACAACUUCUUCUUUAGUCAGAGACAUCAUCAUAUCCGAACAAUGGCUACCUCUACCUCUACUACCACCGCCGGAAAGAAGAUUGAGUGGCUCGUUGUCGUGCCGGACUUUGAGGGCGUUGGCGAGAAGAGGUUGGAGGUUCGCCCUGAUCACUUUGCCGGUCUCGGCAAGAACGUCGAUAAUGGGUGUUUCCAGAUGGGCGGCGCCGUUCUCUCCGAGCCCCCUACCUCCGACGACCCCAAGACCUUCAAGUUCGCCGGCAGCACCAUUGUCCUAGUCGCCGAGAGCCGCGAGGAGGUGAUCAAGAUCCUCAAGGACGAUGUGUAUGCCCAAAAGGGCGUUUGGGACGUUGACAACGCUCAGAUGUGGCCCUUCAAGUGCGCCUUCCGCUUCCCUGUUCCUGGUCAGCAAUACGAGCAGAAGCAAUAGGUGUGUAAAAGUCAAUAGAGAUUAUUAGUACAUAAGAUACAGUUCAAAUGAUUUUCGGUAGCACUCUUUGUCUGCAAGUAUUCAAGCUGAGUACUCGGAAUACAUCUUUGAGAAUGUCCACAACACAAGACAGAUCGAUCCACACUACGAACUUUGCGACGAGGAGCAACAUAUCGGAGGUAUCUAUAUAAACUCGAAAUGCAAAGGUAACAGCUACAAGACGCACUAGACUCGUCAACAUUUACCUAUGCUCUCGUCGAUCUCGGAAAGUCGGAAUCAUUACCACAGUUUUUUUUUCUUACAAGUAAUUGCCGAAACACAAAACUUCGCCUGACCUCCCUAGCCCGACAAGCCUCUUGCAAUUCAGCGCGGAGACGAGCACGGUAGUCCCGUAACAAGCGCAUAGAUUCCGCAUUUGACGCCGUUGCUAUUGCCGCCCGCCGUAUGAUCUCUGCUGCGCCUGGUUCGGCGUUUGACCUGUAAAGGCGGUCCCGUUGUUGUUGUUGUUGUUGUUGUUGUU